AUGGGUCCAAGUAUCACGACCACUAUCAAAUUGCCUAACGCCACCACACCCGGUGCGACGAUCCCCGCCAUCGGCCUCGGCACUUGGCAGUCGCCCGCCGAGCAAGUGACCGAUGCCGUGGCUUACGCAUUGUCUGAGGCCGGUUAUCUCCACAUCGAUUGCGCGCUUGCGUACGAGAACGAGAAAGCAGUCAAGGAGGGCCUAAAAAAGAGUGGCGUGAAACGCGAGGAUAUCUUCAUCACCAGUAAAGUCUGGAGCACUUACCUCGAGAGGGUCGAGGAAUGUGUAGACAAAAUCUUGGAGAAUUUGGGUAUUGAUUACAUCGAUUUGCUUUUGAUCCACUGGCCGAUUGCGUUGAACCCUAAUGGGAACCAUCCAUUGUUCCCGACAACACCAGAUGGAAAAUUCGACAUUGAUCACAACCAUGACCUUAGCAAGACUUGGAAGGCUUUCGAGGAUGUGCAGAAGAAAGGCAAAACGAAACAUAUCGGGGUGUCUAAUUUUUCGGAAUACACUCUCCUCAAGAUUCUCCCUACCGCCACAAUCAAACCCGCCGUCAACCAAAUUGAACUUCAUCCUUACCUUCCUCAGUGGAAGUUGCUCAAGUACCUGGAGUCAGAAGGCAUCGUCCCACAAGCAUACUCCCCACUCGGUUCCACAAACAGUCCGAUUUUGAAGGACGACGUAAUUGUCGAGCUUGCACAGAAAUACGGUGCCGAGCCUGCUCAGAUCGUUAUCGGGUGGUUUGGUAGGUCCCAAUCCCAUUUUGUCCCCUCUUUCACAAAGUCCAUGGCUAAGAAUAUCAUCGUGCUUCCCAAAUCCGUUACACCCUCACGUAUCCUCACCAAUUCGAAACCUGCCAAUCUUUCCGCUGAGGAUAUCGCCAAGAUCGAUGCGCUUUCCGACAACCCGGAGAAGGCGAAACGCUUCAUCAAACCUCCUUGGGGAGUUAAGGUUGGCUUUGAGGAUUGGGAUUUGGCCUGA